AUGGUUGGAUUAUUCACUUUUGAUGAGACCCAGUUCUCAAGAGGAUUUGAAACUGUUGAUUUGGAAGAUAGAGCUCCUGAAACAAUUGAAAAUGUUCAACAAAUCAACGGAGAAUCGUUUUUAGAGAGUAACUUAACUACUAGAUUGAAAGAGUUUAAUAGUAGUGAAAUUAAUAAUAGUCUGCAAAGUUUAGAUGAUGGAGAUUUAGAAGUUAAAGCAUUCGAAGCUGAUGUUGAAGAAUAUUCGGGCUUAAGUAUUCCAGAAAGCAAAGUUAGAAGAAGAUCCUCAGUUUAUAGAAGAUUAUCAAUUAGACCUUCAUCAGUUACAUCAAAUCAUCUGUUUAUGAUCCCUUCAAAUUUUAAUAAAGAUUAUGAAGACGAUAGGGCAACCAACCAAUUAGGAGAGAAAGAUUAUAAAAGGACAUUGCAAGAUUUUGAACCCAUUAAAGUUUUAGGUCAAGGAGCUUAUGGUAAAGUUCAUUUAGUUGAAGAUAAACACACUAGGAAAUUAUAUGCACAAAAACAAUUAAGGAAACCAGUUAUUAAUAUUCAAGAAGAUUCCAGAACCGAUAAUUUUCAUAUCAAAAGAACCAUUUAUGAACGUAACAUUUUAAGUAACAUUAAUCAUCACCCGAACAUUGUCAAAUUAUUUUAUGCGUUACAAGAUCAUGAUAAAUUCUACUUAUUUUUAGAAUACAUUCCAGGAGGAGAAUUAUUCCAUCAUUUAACUACGAAUAAUUCUUUGGGGAAUGUAUUUAAGGAAGAUGAUGUAGCAUUCUAUGCUGCUCAAAUGGCUUUAGGUUUAAGACAUUUACAUAAAUUAGGGAUAGUUUACAGGGAUUUAAAACCUGAAAAUUGCUUAUUGGAUGUAAGAGGUAAUUUGGUAUUAACAGAUUUUGGGUUGUCGAAAGAUAUUGGAAAUGAAAAUGAAGAUAAAUGUAAUUCAAUAAUUGGUACUCCUGAGUAUAUGGCUCCUGAAAUUUUGAAAGGAGAAGAAUAUGAUUAUGGUGUGGAUUGGUGGUCUUUAGGAUGUGUUAUUUAUGACAUGAUGAGUGGUAAACCACCUUUCACAGGUAAUUCUCACAAAGUCAUUCAGGAUAAAAUCUUGAAGAAUAAAUUAUCUUUACCAUUUUAUUUUUCACUUGAUGCUAAAGAUUUACUCAACAAGUUGUUGAACAAGAACCCCCAGAAAAGAUUCCAAAUAGAUGAUAACUGGGAGGUGUUCAAGAAACAUAGGUUCUUUAGGAAAUUGAAUUGGAAAUUAUUAGAAGUCCAAGAUGAUUCAAUUAUUCCACCUAUUGUCCCAAUAAUUACCGAUCCAAAACUAGCCGAAAAUUUCUCGUCCGAUUUCACUUCAUUAAAAGUCAGUGACUAUAAUAUAGAUCAAGCCAUCAACAUUCCCAUUAGUUCUGAAGCUCAUCCAUAUCAAAAUUUCCAAGGGUUUAGUUAUACUGCCAGUACAAGUUUCAUUGAUAAAUUUAGUUGA